AUGGACGCGCGACGACGGCAGAUUCUCGAGUGGAUAUGCACUGGGAAGCAUGUCAUUCAGACCGACUACGACAAACCCGCUAGCGAUCGGACCGCCGAUGACGCGACUCGUUCCGCCCACCAUGUCGCUCCCUCAGAGACGUCAACAAGUUCGUCGUCUGAUAUCCCAGACGAACUGAUUGGCACCGAUCACGACCUCCUGAUCCCAAGCUCCGCCGAUAUUGAUCGCGUCUUCCAAGACGGCCGCGCGACGUGGGCGCGUUUCGCCGAGCUCGCCGAGGCCCUUCCUCUACACGCCUUCCCCGCCGAAUUUGCCAGUCUUUCUAUCAUGCUGAAGGAUGUCCCUGCUCUCCCAGAUAAUCCACCUAAGAAGGGUUUUAUUAUUGGGCGGCCCCUGUGGCAUGUACCAGAUCCCGACCCCGCGGGUGGCACAGAAAAGCCGGAAUGGGAUUUGCAGUAUGCCCACGGCGUUCAGAAGUUCUUCCAUGUAUCUUACCCACGGCCGAUCGAGUGUCAUAUCUACUCGUAG